UAAGAAAACACUGCAAAACAGCUCCAUAAAGUGUAUGGAACAGUGGUCGUUGUGAAAGUGACGGCCAGUAAAAGAGUUUGACACUGUGGAGAAACCAGGACCUUACAACAUGACGGAAGUCAAGCCCAAGGGAUUGUCUAUGAGACCUGUAAAUGUAGAGAACAAAGGGCAGAUCUCCUCUCUGUUGGGUAAGAUGAAGUUAGAGCCCCAAAAGAAAGCCAAGCCUGCUGUUGUCUGUCGUGCUUCAGUACAAGGUCCCAAAUCUACUGGCCGGUCAUCUGAUCUUAGUCUCCCUCCCAAGUCAAUUGAGUCCCAACCCCAGACACCAGAAGACCUGCCCCCUGAACUUCCUCCUAAAACAAAGAGAUCAUUGUCCUUCUCCAUUCCAAAUUUUGAUGAAAAUCACGAUGAGAAGCAGAGGGAGAUAGAGGGCAUUGAGGAGGAGCUGGCCAGGGACUUGUUUAAAUCCCCGACAUACGCCAGAGAUAUAUAUAGUUACUUACAGAUUGUGGAGAAGAGAUGGCAAAUCCCUGAGGACUUUCUUGACAACAGUGUUAUAAAUCCUAAGACAAGAGCAGUGCUGAUGGACUGGUUCAUACAGGUCCAGGUUUACCUGGAACUACUGGACACUACUUUACAUCUGUCAGUGGUUCUGGUUGACCGAUUCCUCAGUGUCCAGAAGGUCACCCCCAGCUCACUACAGCUGCUCGGUAUUACCUGUAUCCUCAUAGCAGCCAAGUAUUAUGAAAGAUUUCCUCCUCAGGUGUCUGACCUGGUAUACCUGACAGACAAUACCUAUAAGGUGAAGCAGUUGUUUACCAUGGAGAGGAUUGUACUGAUGAAGUUCAACUUUGACCUCAACUCCACAGACCCAGUGUCAACUAUGGAACAUUUCCUACAGAUAUCUGCAGCAGACAGAAUGACCAAGGACAUUGCCAAAUAUAUUUUGGACCUGACAAUUACCAGUCACAAGUUUGCCUGUGUUUUACCCACUGUACUAGCUGCUGCCAGUGUUUACACGUCUAGACAGAUCUGUGUCCCAGACAAAGUGUGGACCCACGGACUGGAGCACUUCUCAGGAUACAACAGUAAAGACCUGAUGGAUUGUUCUAUAGACAUGAUGAGGAUGCUGAUAAAGGCUCCCAGUGCUAAAUUACAGGGAGCCAGGAAAAAGCAUGCAGCCUUUACCUUCAAUGAGAUCAGUCACAACAAGUUGUUAGAAACCAGACCGGCCGAGAUUCUGAAAUCUAUGGGAGAAGAUGUAGAGAAGUGAAUCAAAAGGAAUAUUUACUUUGUGCAAUAUUGUCUACUCUACUGAUACCCAAAUGGUGCUGUUUUUGUUAAUUAUUUAUUACAAUAUAUAAUCACUUUUUGUACAAAUACUCAAAUUUUGAGAAAUAUUGAAAUGUGCUAUUGCACUAAUGUGUGCUGUUGCUCCAGUGUGUGCUAUUGCACUAGUUAAUGUAUG